UUCACAUAGCAGUAUGGAGUAGACCCUUGAACAGGGGCUGAGAUGCGGUUCUUGAAUGAAUUGGUCUCUAAUCUUGAGCCGACCCAUCUGGCGUAUCACUCGGGUUCAAACCGUGAUAUCAAGUUGUAGAAUGACUCCGACAAACAUCGAAACGGUCUGUUGUGGACGCUCAGUCGUGAAGAAGGCCACGUGUGAGACUGUUGAAUACAGAUCGCUACUCUUUCGGAAAUGUCAUGAAGAUCCGCUCUCCAGGCUGUCCAGAAAAUAUGUCGAUCAACCUACCCACGGCACUGGCCGACAGCCAACCCCUAACAAGAAAAUCCGUGAGGGUUAUACUGGACUUGGAGCCCCUGGUGCAGAGACAGCCACAUUUUCAGAGCCAAUCCAAAACCAAUAUUAGCUGCAAACGCCACGAGGCAUCCACGAGGUUUGGCAGCCACCAACAGGGACGAGGGAAGACAACCCAAUCACAAGGGGUUCAGGUGUCACAUCCCCACCUACAGUCAACCAGAAUGCGGGGUAGUCGGGUGUUCACGAAGAGCACGCAACUGAACAGGUCCAUGAUCUGUAAAGGUCGGGGAACGAUGUUGAUUAACGUUGUCGCCUCGCCGGUCAAGAAUGGAGACCAAGAACAAGAAUUGAAGAGAAAGUACUUCCUUGAGUCAGCUGCUCGGAUCAAUCGAUCGUGGGUUUGGUGUUUUGGUCUAACGGCUGCUCUCAUUAGUCUUUGAGGAUAACAGGAAAAGGCCUCGAACGGGUUGUCGACUCAGAUCGCUCUCGCUUUUCUGUGCGACGACGGAGUAGUCUCAGCGUUAGGGCAACAAGUAUGAGCUACGAAGUGGUAAGUCAUCAUCUAAUAAUUCUUCCAAGUCCUGU